UCUUUUUGGAUCAUCUAGUUGUCUUCUCCAUUGCUGCAUCUAUUUGCUUUGCUGUCAUCAGGAGUUCCUUGAGACUUUCCCCAAGAGGACCCCAUACACCACCCAUAGGACUGCACUGUAAAGAGGUUUUUCGUGUUGGGUUUUUUUUUCCUUCAAAACUGUGGUGAAAAAUGAAUGGCCCAGCAGACCCCUCAAGCCUCAAUUGCUCAAAUCACUCAAAUUUCUCUUUGGAAACAUCAGAGCAAUGUGACAAAGAGACGCACCUUGAGAAUAUCCUUUUUGCCACUUUUUACUUCCUGGAUUUCAUCCUGGCUUUUGUUGGCAAUGCCCUGGCUCUCUGGCUCUUCAUCCGGGACCAGAAGUCAGGCACACCUGCCAACAUCUUCCUGAUGCAUCUUGCUGUGGCUGACCUGUCCUUCGUGCUGGUACUUCCCACCCGGCUUGUGUACCAUUUUUCUGGUAAUCACUGGCCAUUUGGUGAGAUGCCAUGCAGACUCACAGGCUUCCUUUUUUACCUCAACAUGUAUGCCAGUAUCUACUUCCUCAUGUGUAUCAGUGUGGACCGUUUCCUGGCCAUUGUGCACCCUGUGAAGUCCAUCAAGCUCCGCAGGUCCCUGUAUGCCCACCUGGCGUGUGCCUUUCUAUGGGUUAUAGUUGGGGUGGCAAUGGCACCACUGCUGCUCAGCGUGCAGACCCUCCAGGUGAAAAACACAACUAUUUGCCUGCAGCUCUACAGAGAAAAGGCAUCACGUCAUGCCCUUGUGUCCUUAGCCAUGGCAUUCACCUUCCCAUUUGUCACCACAGUGACUUGCUACUUACUAAUAAUCCGAAGCCUGAAGACUGGGAACAGAGUUGAGAAACACCUGAAGGAAAAAGCUAUCAAAAUGAUCAUCAUGGUCCUGAUGAUCUUUCUGGUUUGCUUUGUACCUUAUCAUGUCAAUCGCUACGUUUAUAUCCUCCAUUACAAUGGGACCAGAACUUCCUGUGCCACACAGCGCGUUCUGGCCCUCAGUAACCGCAUCACUUCCUGCCUCACAAGCCUGAACGGUGCCUUUGACCCUGUCAUGUAUUUUUUUGUGGCUGAGAAAUUCCGUGAGGCUUUGUGCAAUCUGGUUUGUGUUAAAAAGACUGUCAUGUUGCCUCAAACAUACGAGGGGAAGACAAAUGAAAGCUCACUAAGUGCUAAAUCUGAACUGUGAACAUCCUUCUUGUCACUGCUUGUUCUUCAGCAUGCUCUGUUCCACCAAAAGCAGCUGAGAGUGCAAACAUGCAGUGAGAGUCACUCAUCCUGAGGAGGAAAGUUCUUGUUUUUGUGGGCCUGCAGUUGGCAAGAAUCCCACUGACAAUGGAGAUCACAUGUUCUUUUCUCACUGAAACUGCCAACAGAAGUACAGUUCUGCUGAUUUCCAAGCUGUGAAACUGAGGGCUGAACACUUACGAAUAGGGAA